AUGGCUGAGGAGAAUAAACCAACUGAGCCCUCUAGAGAACAACUUGAUCAAUCGACACCAAGCUUGCCUUUGUUGUUAGCUCAUCAAUUUCAUGGUGGGGAUGCAGGAACAUACGGGCAGCCACUUGGAACAAGCAUGGCUACAAAAACAACAUGGCCUGAGUUAGUAGGCCUAACUGCAGAUGAAGCAGAGAAGAAAAUCAAAGAAGAGAGACCAGCUGUACAAGUUCAGGUAGUUCCUUCAAAUUCCAUUGUCACCAUGGAUUUCAAACAGAAUCGGGUUCGUCUGUAUGUUGAUUCCUCUAGAAAAGUUGAAAGGGCCCCAAAAAUUGGGUAA